GGAGCUAAAGGCUGCGCCUGCGUAGUGACGGGAUGGGGUGGGCAGGGAAAGGCAAGAUUCCUAAGCGUGCGCAGCCGCAAAGCACCGCAGCGGUGCUGGGUAGCUCAGGCGCUGCGCACUUGCCAGUCAGUCCGCCCGUCCGGAGCCCGGCUCGCUGGGGCAGCAUGGCGGGGUCGCCACUGCUCCACGGGCCGCGGGCCGGGGGCGUCGGCCUUUUGGUGCUGCUGCUCUUGGGCUUACUUGGGCCACCCCGCAUUCUUUGCGCAAGGCCGGUAAAGGAGCCCCGCAGCCUGGGCGCAGCCUCGCCGCCCUUGGCUGAGGCCAGCGGUCAUCGCCGCUUCCGGCGGGCGGCGCCGAGGGGAGAGGCUGCGGGGGCUGUGCAGGAGCUGGCGCGGGCGCUGGCGCACCUGCUGGAGGCCGAACGGCAGGAGCGGGCGCGGGCUGAGGCGCAGGAGGCCGAGGAUCAGCAGGCGCGCGUCCUGGCGCAGCUCCGGCGCAUCUGGGGCGCACCCCGCACCAGUGACCCGGCCCUGGGCCUGGAGAACGACCCCGACGCACCCGCCGCGCAGCUCGCCCGCGCCCUGCUCCGCGCCCGCCUGGACCCGGCGGCCCUGGCAGCCCAGCUUGUCUCCCCGCCUGCCCCCGCCGCGGCGCUCAGACUCCGGCCCCCAGUCUACGACGAUGGCCCCGCGGGCCCCGAUAGCGAGGACGCCGGCGACGAGACGCCAGACCUGGACCCUGAGCUGCUGAGGUAUUUGUUGGGGCGGAUCCUAACGGGAAUCGCCGACACCGAAGCCGUCGCUGCCCCGCGUCGCCUCCGCCGUGCCGCUGACCAGGAUAUGGGCCCUGAGCUACCCCCUGAGGGCGUGCUGGGGGCCCUGCUGCGUGUGAAGCGUCUGGAGACCCCUGCACCCCAAGCGCCCGCGCGCCGCCUCCUGCCCUGAGCACCGCCUGGAUCCCGUGCACCCUCCUGUCCAGGACACCCUGCCAUCUCCCGCCAGCCACAGUUGCUGCCCUCGAACCCCAGGAUCCCCACCCAACCCCACAAUAAAUACAGUCUGAAGCAGCUAUGUA